GAAACGGGGCUGACGAUGACGAGUUGCAAAUGCACCGCGGAACGCAUGAGUUUCUGCUUGUAUAGCGUCAUUAGACACUGUGGCGUUAAUUCUGCGAACAGCGAGGUGGAGAUUUUUUACCGUGUGAAAUGGACAAUAUUAGAAGACAAAUUAAUGGCACUACACUUAUCGGCGAGAAAUAUGGUGGUCAUAGUGAUCACGGCGGUAGCCUGUGCCUCGGUAGCAUCAUCGGUUAUCGAGGACGACGAGAAGUUCCUCGAGACGGGCGUCAACGUCGACGAGAAAACUAGUCAAAAAUUGGAUGACAAGACGGAUUCAGAAUCGGUUAGAAAUGUCACAACGACGACGUCGAGGCACGACAAGAAGAUGAUCCACAGACUGAUUGGUGGGCACGUCAAGCUUUACAGUGCGAAAGUGACGGAGGCUAAGGAUCAACGAGAAACCCCGCCGACGAGGUGGGACGAUGACGGACUGAUGAUGUCGUCGGCCGGAAACGGGAAGGAAAAGACGUCUUCGUCGACGCGACGAAGCGAGGACGACGAAGAGAAGAAAUCUUUAUCGCAGCAGGUUAAGGAGGGAAAAUACGGACUUAUACAAAACGAGAUAUACAAAACGCCGCCGAAGAGGCCGGGGAUCAUAAGCUACCUCGGUAAUCCCGAGGUGCCGAAGGACACCGCGAAGAAUUUAGGGGGACUGGAAGAAGAGGAAAUAUGGCUCGCGGAGAAUCAUCUGCUCGUCCUGAGGGGCGGGAACUUUCCUGUCUCAAACGGGAACGCGAAGAGGCCCGAAAGCAACACCGGCAACUGGCCGCCAAUCGACGACUACAAGGCGCCAGAACGGCAGGUCAAAAUACCACCGCGUCCGAAGGUGCCGCCGCCCUUUCCUGUCCAGCUCACUGAAGGGGGACCCGUUCAGAUCAUCCGGGCAAACGGGUCCGUGUCGGUGGUCAACGACACCGCCGACUACGAGGAGUACGCCAACUACCCGGAGGGUUUUUACCCGGGGGAGGCGCCGUUUUAUCCGACCUCGUCCAACGCCUCGGAGCCCGUAGGCACCGGCUUCUACGGCAACGCUUCUGAGGGGGUGUUGGGACCCUUUUACCAGUCACUUCCGGCCGGCGCGGUUUUCGUCCCGCCGCCGAGCAACCAGACGGACUACGACGAGGAAGACCAGUCGAUAUACUACCCGCCGCCUUACAGCUUCUACUAUCCUCAGGACAACGCGACGGCGGUACCCCCGGGCCCCCUGGUUCCCGGCAUAAUCCUGCCUCCCCCUCCAAACUUCUUCGCCGAACUGGACGAGCGGAAGCCGACGACCAAGGGUAGGUUCUCCGCGAAACAAACCACCACCACCACGACCCCCAGGACGACCACAACUGAACGAGUCCAGGACACGACGAGCUACACUCCGCCGGCUCCGACGCCGCGACGUAAGACGGUUCCGAAACCGUACAAGGCUCGAUUUCCGACAACAACACCGAGCUACUCGACCGGCACGAAGCCGACCACGAGAGUCCAGAGCUACCAGGGAACCCCGAAGACGAUCGGCAAGGUCAAGUCCAGGAACUUUACCCGGGUUCCAAUCACGUCGGUGACUUCGGUGACUUCGGGGCCGGUCGACACUCCGCGGUACGUCGAAACGACAACCACGCCCCCGGAGAAGCCGAGCACCACUCCGUCCGGCGACUAUUACGACGUUCAGACCGACGUCGAGAACCAUUUGGUCGAUUUGGGCCCGCCUCAGGGCGGUCAGUGGUCAUCAAUCGUGAGCAGCACGGCGGUGCCUCUGCUCGCGUAUUAUGCGACUACACCGUUGCCGUCGGAGCGGACGAGGAGUACGGAGGAGGAUAUAGCGCCAGUUCACGUCAAGGCGGAGAUCGAUAUACCGACGAAGAAUCCCGCGGCUUAUUACUUCUACGAGGAGACGAACGGGCCGGCGGUCGCCACGACGACACCUUCACCGUACUACGAUGUCCAGCCGACACCGAGGCGACGCCAACCGAAGAAGCAGUAUUACAGCGUCGAGAUGGUACCGUCCCAGCAGACGUCGAACGACUUCGCAGACCUGAAACUCAACCCAGUAAUCAAGACGGGACAAGGUUACAACGAGUUUACCGACCCGGAGCCGGUGGCUCGGAAUCCCGCACCAACGGCCAAGUAUAACGUCGAACGAAUCAGAGGGUCGGUUAGCGACCGGGAAAAUUCACCGAGGUACUAUCAGCCUCUGUCGUUGGGGGACCCGACGGCCACCGUCAAACCUUACUACACGACGCAGAGGCCGCGAUUCUACUAUCAGAGUACCCGCAACGAACAGUACGCGGACUACAGGGAUGACCAAGAGGUGAAAUCGAGCCCGGUUUAUCAGUACAGCUACGAGGCCAGCGAUUACACGAAGCAGCGACAACAGCAGAGCUAUAGACAGCAGGAAAUAGACGAGGUACCGACGCCGGUUGUACGUCCGGUCUAUAACGAGUAUCAACAACCAACGAGGACGGCUGCUGGCCAGUAUUACAGCGAUUACGACGUCCAGCCGGUGGAGAAGGUGCAGAAAUCGUCGGGGAUUUCGUACCUGACGAAUCACCGACAGUCGUAUUCAGCGGUGACGGCGAGGCCAUCGAUAAACACGACGCCGAAUCCGCAUCACGCGUAUUACACGAAACAGGACGAGCAGCUGCUGGACGAUGUGACCAAGCAGUACUUCACGAUAUUCGGUAAAAAGUUACCGGAAAAUGUCCUACAGAGCACGACACCUCUGUACAGAGUCGAGGCGGCGGCGGAAACGACGACGGAGAGUCCGGUUGGCCACGGCGUCAACACCUACGUGGCGAACAAUCGUUACAACGGUAAUAGCAACAAUGCCGCGGUUCACCAGCUGCAGAGUUUUACACCACCCAAGGUCAGCGUUCACUACGGAGACCAAACGCAGAGGCCGUAUUCCCUCGAGGGCGACACUCUGGUGAAUUACAAAAACCCGUUGCCGCCGAUUAACCCCGACGCCGAGUUCAUCUCUGUUAACAAACCGGUAGUGCCGAUUAGACAGCGGCCCCACGAGUUCAUCAGGACCGAGCAGAUUCCAACUCCGUUCGGAAAUAGAAACGGCGGUAAUUAUUUCCAGGGAUCCAAUAAUCGGGAUACGUCUUCGUAUCGUGGACGCUAUCCGACUCCGUCGCCGAUAUCGCUUGCCAAUGAUAUUUCGGUCAACUACCGAGACCCUAGACCGCCGAUGAAUCCGGACGCUGAGCUUAUAGAUCCUGUACAGGGGCAACGGAAUCAAGCGACCGGAGGCGGCUCGUAUUUUGCCUAUCGGUUACCCGGAAACGGAGGACACUUUUACUUCCUUACGCCGCAGGCGAUAUCCCAAAGGCAAGAUCUUACCAACGGCGGAUAUUUUUACUCGAAACCCACCGCGACGAGGCUCGUGAGACGUCGUCGUCGGGGUCCCGCCGAGGGCUGAAAAUUGUGAAAUCGUACUGACCGAAGGCAGUCCCAAUAUGCCAUA